AGAGUGGACGGCAAGAUGCUGAAGUUAUUCGCAGUGGAACUGCUGGUUCUGCUGGCCAGUUCAUCGGUUCUCUCCAUCGAAGUGGACACCGAACUGGGACGGGUGCGAGGAGCCAAUCUGACCUCCAGAUUGGGUGUACCUUUUCAUGCCUUCCGAGGCAUUCGGUAUGCAGAGCCACCUCUGGGAGAUUUGCGAUUCGUGAAUCCGCAGCCAGUAAGACCCUGGUCCCCGACAACUUUUGAUGCCAGUGAAGAUGGACCCAUGUGCCCGCAACCGUGGGAUAAUAUGACCGAUGUAUCUGAGGACUGUCUGAGACUUAAUGUGUAUACCAAGGAUUUGAAGGGUCGCCGUCCUGUGAUCGUAUUCCUGCAUCCCGGAGGCUUCUAUGUCUUCUCUGGACAGAGUAAAUAUUUGGCGGGACCCGAGCAUUUUAUGGAUCGCGAUUGCGUGUUGGUAUCGCUUAAUUACCGGCUGGGUAGUUUGGGAUUCCUGGCCACCGGAACUAAGGAAGCACCUGGCAAUGCCGGUCUCAAGGAUCAGGUCCUGGCUUUGCGCUGGAUCCAGCGGCACAUCCAUCGUUUUGGCGGUGACCCCGGUAGUGUAACCCUUUUGGGUUAUAGUGCGGGAAGUAUCAGCGUAGCUCUGCACAUGCUAUCGCCCAUGUCACGGGGUCUUUUCCAUCGAGGCAUCUGCAUGAGUGCUGCUCCAUAUGGACCACUUGCGUUCAAGGACAAUGAUCUUCGAUUGGCCAAGCGUCAGGCCGGGCUAUUGAAGUGCCCACAGGAAUCUAUCGCGGAAAUGGUGGAGUGUAUGAGGCAAAAGCCCUACUUGGAUUAUGUGAGCACCUACAAUGGCAUGUUUGAGUUCGGCUGGAAUCCCGUGCUCAACUGGAGAAUCGUUGUGGAGGAGGAUUUCGGGCAGGAACGUUACCUCAUCGAGAGUCCUUUCAAGACAGCUCGACGUGGCGACUUUUACAAGGUACCCCUCAUCACCGGCAUCACGGAGUUUGAGUUCCUUUCGGGAGCUUUCUUUGAUCUGCGAAAUGAAAGUAUUGUUAGCCUCUAUAAUAAGGAUUGGGAACACUAUGCAUCAAUUGCUUUGCUCUUCGAACAAAACUCAACCCAAUCGCGAGCAGCCAGUCGAGCUUUGAGAGAGAAAUACCUGCCGGAAAGCUUGGACAAGCUGGAGUACCCGAAAUCCCUAAAGGGUAUGGGUGAACUCCUAAGUGAUGCCUUGAUUGGAGUGUCCUUCCAUCGAUUUCUUCAGCUGAUGUCCCCCCACACACCCAUUUACACUUAUCUGUUUCGUUACAAAGGUAGAUAUACCUUCUUGAAAAAUCCCGAUAACCAGCAAACCAUAGGCCCCGUUCACCAUGACGAGCUAAUAUAUUUAUUCCAUGUGGGUCUUUUGAGUCCUUUGUUGAAGCGAGAUGAUCCCGAAAAUUUUAUGAUUGAGCUAUUGACGCGUAUGUGGAUUGAAUUUGCUCAGAAGGGUGAUCCUCACAACAAAAACGAUGAAUAUCUGAAAGAUCUGAACUGGCCUCUGUACAAUUCGCAAGAUAAAGCUUAUCUAGAAAUUGGCAAUAACCUCACAGCCAAAACUGGCGGUUUCUUUUUGAACCGGUAUCAAAUUUGGGAGGAAUUAUUUCCACUUUCAAGCUUUCAUUAAGCAAGCAUUAUUAUAUCAAAAAAUAUUUAAUAAAACUUAAAACCACUUCCUCAGUGUA